UCUCGCUUUUUUCUUUUUACAGGUCAAGCUAGCUAUCGCGAGACCUAACAUCCUAAGAAAGGAAGACUUUCUAUCAUGACCGGCUCAGCUUCGCUCCCGGAGAUCCCACGUGACAACAACGAAGGCGUUUUGGAGUUAAACAAGGAUUUGGAGACAAUGAUAGAAAACGUUGAGAAUAUAUCAGUUCAGGUGACCUGGAUGGCUUAUGACUUGGUGGCACUCCGGACCAGUCCAGAGCUGGGGUCUUCUCUGCAGAAACUGGAAGAGGCCUAUAGAAGAUGCAGAGCUGCUGUGUUUGGAGUACAGCAGCCAGAGAAGGCCGAAGUUCUUGAUGCUACUGCUGCAGCACACAUCUGAUGGGAUUCUGCUGCAGCACACAUCUGAUGGGAUUCUGCUGCAGCACACAUCUGAUGGGAUUCUGCUGCAGCACACAUUUGAUGGGAUUCUUAGUUCACAACAUUACUGCAGUAAAGUCAAGAGGACGGUUUGUUGACACAGUCCAGAUAGGAAACUGUAAUCAUAUUGUUUGUGUUCAAGCUAAUUUUGCAAUUGUAACAACUUUAUUUUACUCUUCCGAGCAAGUUUUGGACUUCCAUGAACUCUCUAUGCAUUUGAAAUGAUGUUUUUUACAUCACUGCUCAGCUACUUUGACUGUUUGUGUGUUUAUAUAAGCAUUCUAUUGUUGUGUUCU